ACCAGUUGAUAAUUCGAUGGCCGCUUUUGAUAAAGUGAAGAUUGUUGUGGUUGGUGAUUCUGGAGUUGGCAAGACAUCCUUGGUUCAUUUGGUGUGUCACAAUGAACCAUCAAAUAUUCCUAGUGCAACCAUUGGCUGCUCAGUGGAGGUAAAACUGCAUGAAUAUCAUGCUGCCCUGCCCAGUGAGAAAACUUACUUCCUUGAGCUGUGGGACAUUGGUGGUUCUUCCAGCCACAGAAGCAGCAGAUCCAUUUUCUACAAUUCUGUAAAUGGAAUUAUUCUAGUUCAUGACUUGACAAACAGGAAGUCACAACAAAAUCUGAGAAAAUGGCUGGCAGAAGUGUUGGAUAAGGACACAAUUGAAGUGGCAAAUGGGUAUGACCAGUUUGACUCAGAAUUAUUUGCUGGCAACCAAACUCCAAUCUUGCUGAUUGGUACGAAAGCAGAUCUGGCUCAGAGCUUGAGAGAAGUCAACAAGUCCCGAGCCUCUAGUUUAGCAGAGGAGUGUAGAGCAGAGGAAGUCAGUUUAGAUUGUAUGCAGGUGAAAUAUCUGGCACCUGGCUCUACAAAUGCUGUGAAAUUAACAAAGUUCUUUGACAAGGUAAUCGAAAGGAGAUAUGGCGGCAGUCAGGGUCAUAAUAGUCCCAGUCAGGAUAGGAGAAGAUUCUGGAAAAAUUCUCAUGUUGAUUGAGAUCAGUAUUGAAUAUGCUAUGGAUUAAAAACUAUCGAUUCCUUCAUGGUGAUUGACAGUACAUUGUGUUUCAGUGUAUACAGGCUGCUGUGCAUUGCAAUAAGAUACUGGAUGUACUUUAAUCUAGCUUGAUAAGGCUAAUAUGUUUGUAAAGAUGAGCCGAUUUCACCACUGAAGGUUGGGUACAGUGUUUUUCUGCGAAGUAUAUAAGUAUAAACAUUGUAACAAAACAUGUACAAUGCUGGCUUAUUAAAAUGUGCCAGAAACUGGUGAAUUUCAUUGACUUUUGUAAUUUCUGCACUGGCUAUAUACAACAGUAAAAUGUUCCAACUACAAUGACUUCUAAUUGCAUUGUUUCUGAGAGAUACUCAAUAUAAUCGCCUUCUUUUAAAAUAAGUGACCUUUAAAACAUAACAAACACCCUGAAAAUAAUGUAAAGUAAUGCAUAAAAAGAAAUCAUCUAAAAUUGUUAAGAAUGAAAUGAAACUUAUUUACCAUUGCUGGCUAGUACUCCCUUUUGUCCUCAAGGUAAAAAUAUGUUUUAUAAUACAUCAGUGAUUACUGUAUUUAACAUUCUUUAUUUUGUGCACAACAUCUCAGCACACUUUUGAAUCAGUGGGUAUUAGGAAAGGAAAAGAAUUUAUUACAAAUAUGGUUAAAAAUAACUUAGUACGUAUCAAAGUGAUAUGUCCCACUAGAACGCCAAGUGGGAUGUAACAUUUCAGUGUCACACAAUGAUGUCAUUGAUUGGUGCACUACGAGCUUACAGUUACAAGGAUGUCAACCAAACAAGUUGAGUUAUAUAAAUUACCGUAAGAUUGAUUAUGUGUAAUAAAUAUGAUAUUAAACUUGCUACCAUUGAA